UCCGAGGCAGCCGCCUUGUAUACGCGGGUUUUGUUUAACCAUGCGGUCUCUUUUGAUGCUCUAUGAUCAUCUCACGUACAAUGAAUUAUGGAUUUUCUUAUGUUCUCGCCAGGCGAUUAAACCAGGACGCACUUGAAAACAGCUUUUCGACGAUAAGGUCCAAAUCAGGUGCGAACACCAACACUACAGCUCGUCAGUUUCAGGCCGCUUUCAGGCAUCUUUUGAUCAAUAACCUGUUCAAGUUGUCUGAAAACUCUAACUGCGCCGAGGACAUGACAACAGUCUUGGCAACUCUUCCUGUCGGCAUUUCGGCACUGUUUCCGGCUCUUGGUAUCGGAAGCACAGUCUCGCUUAGCAUGACAGAUGAUUCUUUCUCGGACGAACUUUCGGACAUACAGCAAAAUAACCUAGUUUAUUUUGCCGGCUGGUUAGCGGCGAAAUUUUUGCGGUCCCAUUCGUGCGUCAGAACAACCCAGAAAUGUAGCCUGAAGGUAGAAUAUGCGUCAUUUAGUGAGGCCAACCAAGUGCUACUAUAUUUGAGCGUAAAAGGUACUGCGGAAUCUGACUUUGGAAGUCUCUCAGUUCCUUCCCCUCCAUUCGUGUCUUUUGUUGAAGGCUGCGAAAAUGUUUUUCAGGAAGCCAUCGGUAGCCUUUUCUCCAUGGAGAGAGUAGGACAUACGUUGUGUACGCGUCUUCAUGAGAAGGUUGAAAAGACACUCACCAGUUUGUGA